AUGUCUGAAACUGAUACCCAUGAAACUUGGGUUGGUAGAGGUUUUAACAUAGCACAUCAAAAAGUAGUAAUUGAUAUAAAUUUUAUGAAUUAUGAAUUAAGGGGAUAUACGGAAAUAACGAUUCUUCCAACAGAUCCUUUACUUCGAAAAAUUAGAAUCAAUGCAUUUGAUUGUGAUAUAGAAAGUGUAUUUGUUAAUGAAGUGACCGCUACUUUUGAAUAUAUAUUAUCAAAAAACGAAUUAAAACUAUAUAAACGAUCUAAUGUCCAUCAUCAUCAUUUGUUAAAAAAAAAAUUUGAAGCGUUUCAAAAAGCGCUUGAGCAUGGGAAUCUAACUAUAAAUAUUCCAAAAUCUGAGCCUAAAAAAGCAAAUGAAAAUACGAUACAAACGGAAAUAAAGGAUAUCGAUGAUUCAAAUACUCCAACUACACAAAAAGAUGCAUUUUUUUCCCUUUUUUCUCCAAUUAUUAUAAAGAUUAAUUAUUCAGUAAAAAAUCCAUCAGCAGGACUAAAUUUUGUAGGAUGUGAAAUAAAUGAUGAUAAAUAUCCUCAUGUCUAUACAACACAUGUACCAAUAUCAGGUGCCACAUCUAAUUGGUUACCUUGCAUUGAAGGAAUUUGGGAUAGAUGCACCUGGGAUUUUGAGAUAACUGUUCCAAAAACAUUACGCGAUAUGUGGAUUCUUUCUGAUUCAUCUAAUUUAUCGAAUGGUAAUAAUUUAUGUUCAAAUAAUAGCAAUACAGAUAAAGAUGACAUAUUGAGUCAGCCAUAUAAUCAAUUAGAGUUCAAGGUUAUAUGUAGUGGUGAUCAACUUGAUGAAUUUACUACUCCUGAAAAUAUUCAUAAAAAAACAGUUUGUUUUAGCCUUGGAUCCCUCGUUAGUUCGCAAUAUAUUGCAUUUGUUGUAGGUCCUUUUGAAGAAAUAAAUCUUACAAAUUUUCGUGAUACCGAUAAAGACGAUACAAUGGGCUCUAGUGCAGUAGAAGUAUUAGGGUAUUGCUUACCUGGAAGGGUUACAGAGCUGAAGAAUUCAUGCAUGUUUAUAUACAAAGCCAUUGACUUUUUUGUUCAAGAAUAUGGCUCAUAUCCUUAUAAUAUUUUUAAACUAUGUUUUGUUGAUGAUCAUCCUACAUCAGCAGUAUCAUGUGCAUCAAUGGUUAUUGCCAAUAAUAACCUUUUAUUCCCUCCUGAUAUCGUUGAUCCGAUUUAUUCCACAACCAGAACUCUUACAUUUACACUAGCAAGUCAAUGGAUUGGUGUAAACAUAGUGCCUAAACACUGGAACGAUAUUUGGUUAACAAUUGGGCUUGCUUAUUAUAUUACUGAUUUGUUUCUUUGCAAGUUAAUGGGUAAUAACGAUUAUAGGUUUAGGCUAAAAAAGGCGGUUGAGAAAGUAUGUGAAGAAGAUAUUGGAAGACCCGCAUUAUCUGAUCCUCAGUUAACACUACCUAUUGAUCCUUUUUCUAUUGAAUUUAUAUCGCUUAAAGCACCUGUCGUGUUAUAUAUUUUAGAAAAACGAUUAACAAAAUCAGGAGCAUCAUGGGGAUUAUCACGUAUCAUUCCCAAAUUAUUUCUUCAGGCUAUGGGUGGAACCUUGGCAAAUAAUGCGUUAAGCACAUCCCAUUUUUUGAAAAUUAGUGAAAAAGUUAGUCGAGUAUCUUUGGAUGUAUUUGCACAACAAUGGAUUCAUGGUAGAGGUUAUCCAAGACUAAGAGUUAUACAACGCUUUAAUCGCAAAAAAAUGUUAAUUGAAAUUGGUAUUCGCCAAGUUCAAGAUAUUGAAACACCUCCUAAGUCUCUUACUGUUACCGAUUUUUUCAACGAUGCAAAAUUUCAUGCUAAUAAUAUAUCAAAUUCAACUUUUCCUAUCUUUACGGGAACAAUGACUAUUCGAAUUCAUGAAGCUGAUGGAACUCCAUAUGAUCACGUUGUUGAAUUAAAAGAGGCAUUUACAAAACUAGAUAUACAAUAUAAUAUAAAAAAUAAAAGAUUUAGAAGAAAUCAAUCUAAAAAGCAAAAGAAAGAUAUGAUGGAUAUUGAUGGAGUAGGUGAUAUCGAUAAUGACAAUGAUUUUAGUGUUCAAUGUUUUGGUGAUAUUCUUCAAUCAGAACAAGAAAUAAAAAAUUGGAAACUUGAGGAUUGGCUAAAAGAAGAUGAAGAAAUGAUGUCAGAAGAAGCUUUUGAAUGGAUUCGUUUAGAUGCAGAUUUUGAAUGGAUUUGUAUAAUAUGGGUAAAUCAGCCAGAUUAUAUGUAUUUUUCACAACUUCGACAAGAUCGAGAUGUUAUAGCACAAUAUGAAGCUAUACAAUAUUUUUCUAAUUCUAAAGGAAAUUGUAUAUAUUCUAGUAUACUUCUAAGAACAUUAAUGGAUUCUCGAUACUAUUAUGGAAUUAGAUGUGAAGCUGCAUUAGCCUUAGUAAAGUGUGCAACUGAAGAUUUAGAUUGGAUUGGAUGGUACCAUCUUUUUAAAGCAUUCCAAACAAAUUACUGUUUUCCAAAUUCUUCAAUAUCAAAAAGUAAUAACUUUAGUAAUCUAUCAGAGUAUUAUGUACAAUGCAUCAUCCCUAUAGCUAUGUCGAAAAUUCGAGAUAAAAAAGGAAAUUCAUUGAUACAAAUAAAGAAAUUUCUUAUUGAUCUUUUACGAUACAACGAUAAUUCUUCAAAUGAAUAUUCUGAUUGUUAUUACAUUUGUACACUUCUUAAUUCUUUGGCAUCAACAUUGAUUACUGAAAAUAAAGAGUCUUUUGAAUUCAAUUUUGCUAUGAAUGAUCCAGAAAAUAAGAACAUUAUAGAUACAGCAUUGUCUGAAAUUGAGCGUUUUCAACGAAUAGACCAAUUAUUGCCUUCAUUUCAGAAUAUAAUAUCAAUUACUUCUUUAAAAAUAAAAUAUCUUUUGUCAAAAGCAGGAAUUAUCCCUUUAAAUUUUCAAGAAAUUUUACCAUAUACUCAUUCAGCAAAUUAUGAUUUAGUUAGACUUACAGCAUUUGAUGUUCUUUUAAAAUUAGGAGGUCUUCGACAAAGUCCUUUUACUUAUUAUGUUUUUUCUACUAUAUCUAGUGAUAGAUCACCUGCUAUUCGACGUUAUCUUUCAUUUUCUAUUUCUGAAGCUCUUGCUUUAAUGGCAUUAAAUGAUCAGCAGAGCCAGAUACCUAUUAUAACAGCAGAACAAAUGAUUAUAGAAGAUGAUGUUGACAAAGCGAUUGAAGAAAAGAAAAGGGUCCUUGUUCGAGCAAAUAUUAGUGGAGCAAUUACAGCACUCAAACAAGAGAUUAUGGAAGAAGAGACUUUAAAGGAACAAUUAUGGGCAUCUUUAAAUUCUGAAAAACUGGAAUAUAUUAUUCGACUUAAUUUCUUAAAUAUCGUAAGUCUCUUAUUUGAUCCUAAAGAAUCAAGACUUAUUACAUUGAAAAUUCCAAACACUAAACCUAAAUUGACUGCACAAAUCAUUGGAGAGGGAAAAUUAAUUAUUCGUAAAGAAACAUUAACGAACAAAAAACUUCCAGAAGGCAAACGAUUACCAAAAAUCAAAAUCAAAAUUGGCAAUACAAAACAAUCACUAGAAUAA